UUGGUUCUUUUUGACAGGAGAGAUAAAAUGGCAGCGUCUGUGAAAGGUAAAAAGUGCCUAGUAAUUGGCGGAGGUGGAUUUCUCGGAAGACAUUUAUGUGAAGUUUUGUUAGAAAGGGGAUGGAUUGUACAAGUAUUUGAUAUCCGAAAGACAUUUGAGGAUUCUAGGAUUCAGUUUUUUGUUGGUGACCUUUGUAAAAAAGAGGACUUAAAACCAGCUCUUGAAGGAGUUUAUUGUGUAUUUCACUGUGCUUCCCCAGCACCACUGAGUAACAAUAAGGCAUUGUUUUACAAAGUGAAUUAUGAAGGUACACUAAAUAUAAUUGAAACUUGCAAGGAAGUAGGAAUCAAGAGGCUGAUUUUAACAAGUUCUGCAAGUGUAGUAUACGAGGGUCACGGAAUAAAAAAUGGUAAAGAAGAUGAGCUACCAUAUGCUAAAAAACCACUUGAUUACUAUACAGAAACUAAAAUUCUUCAAGAAAAGGCAGUAUUGUCGGCAAAUUCAGAAGAUUUCCUCACAGUUGCAAUUAGACCACAUGGUAUUUUUGGACCAAGAGAUUUAUCAAUGGUGGCUACUGCUGUAGACAUGGCAAGGAAAGGAAAGACAAAAUAUAUCAUAGGAGAUGGCAAGAAUGUGGUUGACUUUACUUAUGUGGGUAAUGUUGUGCAUGGUCACAUAUUAGCUGCUGAAAAUUUGAACCCAGGCUCACCUAUAUGUGGAAAGGCUUAUCACAUAACCAAUGCCGAGCCGAUAUUUUUCUGGACCUUUAUGACUCGACUUCUCACAGGACUAGGUUACCCUGCACCAAGUAUCCACUUACCUUACACGUUCUUGUAUAUUGUCGCUCUGAUAAUGCAGUUUGUGGCUUGGGCUCUGAGUCCAUUCACAACUAUCACACCAACACUGACCCCCAUGAAAGUGGCCCUUGCUGGCACAGACCACUUUUACAGCAGUGAAAGAGCCAAGAAUGAUAUGGGUUAUAAACCAGUGUUCACAUUAGACCAAGGACUCAAGCUUACAAUUGAAAGCAGUCCUCAUCUUCGCAAUGAAAAUACAGAAGAUAAAGAAAAGAAAUCAUAACGCCUUGCAUUCUUAAAUUUUUAAGCAUAAUAUUUAUUGAGUACUAUUCAACAUAAUGGAUGAUUUUAUUUGAUGUGCAUGGGGAAAGCUAACCAUUUUUAUGUGGUUGCAUAUUUUUUUCUUAUACGAAUAGGUAUGUACCUAUUUUAAAAGAUGUUAGGUGUGAAGAGAAGCCUUUUUUUUUAAAAAAAAAAAAUUAUGCAUAACCAGCACUAAGUUAGGCUGUUGUGUGUUUUAAAUGGUAAUAAGGAUGCAUUUAAGGAAAUUACGACUCAUUCUUUGUUUUGCUAACUUUAAUGUUGUAAAGGAUUGAUUUUCCUAGGAACCUAAGAUUUCCCCGUGAAAUGUAGGCUUAUACAAUUUUUUAAGAUAAGUAAUAUUACAAUUUUUUGGGUUAAAAUUAAAUCACCUUUCCAGAAAUUGCUCAUUGUACCAUUUAAUAAAAUUAUAGUUGUUAAUUAAAUAAAAUUGAAAUUCAAUUGGUUUUAUAAAUGAAGUGACAGAUGCUCUUCUUUAAAAAUGUACGCUCACUAAGGUUUAAAGAAAAAAAGAUAAAAUGAAAAGCAACUUGUUCAAGUACCCAAGGAUUUAAAUCUUACUUCUUUAACCAUUAAUGUCCCGUAACGCCCGCUGCCGCCCGACACCGUUAAUGUCCCGUAACGCCCGCUGCCGCCCGCUUACAAUACGCAUAGAAAAAUUAAAUUUGUUUCACUAAAAUUUGGCCUACAAAUCCUAAUUUUUAACUAAACAGGAAGUCGGAUAGUUUCAGCGUCCUUUUCCGGUCUUCUAAUUUCAAUGGCGCUUUUGAAAGAUAAAAAAUAAUAGUUUCUUUCCAUCUCGAAAUUUUAGACUCAUCUGUCCAAUUUUUAGUUGAUUUAAUAUUAAAAAUAAAAUAAAAUAAUGCCUCUAAACGUAUCUAGGCAUGUAUUUUAUGAAUUAUAUAUCUUAAAGAUAAUCAAAUUGAUAUUUAACUGUUAAAUUCGAUGCAUAGUUGUUUAGACAAAAAUAAAUAAAGUUGACUACCGAAAAUGACCUGUUUUGAAUUUUCUCCGACAUUUUUUAUUUUUAUUCUGUACUUGUACCGAAUAUAAUAUAUUCUAUUUAAUACUGUUGGAAAGCCAGGUUUAUUCCCAACAUUAAGCAGUAGUUUUUAUCUUAAUUUUCAAUUUCAUUUAGACAAAAACAAAUAUUUUGUGAAACUAUUCACUUGAUCAUACAGAGUUAUGCUCCUUACAUUGGGCCGUCAUGGGUGGAGUUUUGGUAGAAUGAAUGGGACAUUAAUGGUUAAACUAAAACAUCAUCCAGUAACUAAAUUAACCUUUAAUCUUCUCUAACUAUUCAGAAUUAAAUGUAAUGUUAAUUUUAAUAUAGUAGCAUCAUAGUUUGUUUCGAAUUUUGAGUGUGAAAAUCAUUUAUUUUUAUUUUUGAAGAGGCAGAUUUUUUUGGUGCAGAUGGUAUUUUGUAUAGUGAAAUGCAUUUCCAUUUUUUUAUACUUGUUAUAUUUAUUCUGUUGUCAAAAAAAGUCACAGAUUCGUGUAUAGAAAGCAAAAUGAUUAAAUGUCAGGCAUAAAAAUACUAAAAAUGAACUAAGACUAUUCUCAAAGAAUUCAGUGUCGAAUUUGUGUGCAAUAGACAAUUUAUAUUUAACUCUAGAAGAACAAAAUGUUUUUUUAUUUAUAAGUUUGUGAUUUCCCAGCUUGUUUGUUGCAAUGAUUCUCCUGUGUUGUUUUAGCAUCAUCAAUACAAAAUUUUAAAACAAUUUGAGCUUCAUAAAUUGUACCACUAGACUUAAAAAGAUGUCAGAAUACACAAAAGUGGUAUGUAAUUUUAAAACAUGAGCUGUCAUGAAUAUUUUCUAUGAAAUGCAGAAGUGUAUAUAACUUUUAUUAUGUUUUUUAAAAUGAGUAAAAAAACU